AUGUCCUUCUCGCCACCACCUGGAUCUCAUAAACGGCAGGACAUUUUAAACAAGCACAGAAACAGUAUCGACUCCCUUGAUCUUCAAUUCGAAGACUCAUUAGACGCAGCUUUAGAGUCAUUACAGAUAGACAACAACGAGACUUCUACAGGGGAGAACUUUGAAAUGGCUAGUAUGGGAGAUCAUAAUCAGCCACAGUCACUACCGUUGAAGUCACAUCCAGACCAGCACAGUAUACACCUAGACUCAGAUACUCAACCGUUAAUUACUGGAUCUGCAUCACAACAAAAUCGUUGGUCCGACCAUAAUGGAAGCCUCCAUACCAACAUGUCAAUUUGGUCCAAAAUACUCAAUUUCAUCAAAGCUCCACAGCGAAGAGGUGCUUCCAAAUAUAGAUCGACUGAUGACCUCGGAACAUCAGCGGAACAGCAGAGCGAAAGAGAAAUACAUCCAGGGACGACCCCAAUUUACGAUAGAAACAGAUAUCCCGCAAAUGCAGUCUCAAAUGCCAAGUACAAUCCUGUCACAUUUAUUCCAAUAAUUCUGUAUGAACAAUUCAAAUUUUUUUUCAAUCUUUACUUCCUAGUAGUAGCCCUUUCGCAAGCAGUUCCAGCCUUGAGGAUUGGGUACCUAUCAUCCUAUAUCGUGCCACUCGCAUUUGUUUUGACGGUUACAAUGAGCAAAGAAGCUAUGGAUGACAUCCAAAGGCGGCGAAGAGAUAAAGAGUCUAAUCAUGAACUUUACGAAGUACUCAACAAAGCACAGCUAAUACCCAGCGAGGAUCUUAAAGUCGGUGACUUGAUAAAAAUAUCAAAAGGCUCUCGCGCACCUGCAGAUUUGAUUCUUUUACAGUCAAGUGAGCCCUCCGGGGAAGUAUUUAUCAAGACGGAUCAACUUGAUGGUGAAACUGAUUGGAAGCUAAGGAUCGCCUGCCCAUUGACUCAGAAUUUAUCCCAGGACGAUUUAUUAAAUAGAGUCAACAUCGUUGCAUCUGCGCCAACUAAAUCUAUCCACAGUUUCUUGGGUAAGCUCAGUUUCAAAGAUUCUUCAUCUCAGCCGCUCAGCAUUGAUAACACUAUAUGGGCAAAUACUGUAUUAGCAUCAACAGGCACAUGUAUUGGUUGUGUUGUUUAUACGGGCUCUGACACUCGUCAGGCAAUGAACACCACGAUGUCAAGUGUUAAAACUGGGCUUUUGGAAUUGGAAAUAAAUAGCCUUUCAAAAAUUCUUUGUGCCUGCGUUUUCAUUCUAUCCGUGUCUUUGGUGGCUUUCGGCGGGUUUAAUAACAGCGACUGGUACAUUGACAUUAUGAGAUAUUUGAUUCUAUUUUCGACAAUCAUACCUGUGUCUCUUAGAGUCAAUCUGGACUUGGGAAAAUCUGUUUAUGCCCAUCAAAUAGAGCACGAUAAAUCAAUUCCCGAGACAAUCGUUAGAACAAGCACCAUCCCAGAGGACUUGGGGCGGAUUGAGUAUCUCCUCAGUGAUAAAACAGGAACGUUGACGCAGAAUGAUAUGCAACUAAAAAAGUUACAUUUGGGAACAGUGUCUUAUACCAUGGAAACUAUGGAUAUUGUGACAGAUUACAUUAGAGGAUUAUCUACAGCUAGUGCCGCAUCAAAUAUGCCGACGACAUCAAGAAAAGAUCUACCGACCCGCGUACGCGACUUGGUACUCACUCUGGCAAUCUGUCAUCAAGUGACCCCUACGUUUGAAGAUGGUGAGCUAACUUAUCAAGCAGCCUCUCCAGACGAGAUCGCUAUCGUCAAAUUUACCGAGUCGGUUGGGCUAACAUUAUUCAAAAGAGAUCGACACUCUAUGACGAUACUUCACGAUCAAUCGGGCACCAGUUUUGAAUAUGACAUUCUGCAUGUGUUCCCAUUUAAUUCUGAUAAUAAAAGGAUGGGAAUCAUCAUUCAUGAUAAACAAAAAGAUAGUUAUUGGUUUUUACAAAAAGGUGCUGACGUUGUGAUGAGCAAAAUUGUUCAAAGUAAUGACUGGCUUGAAGAAGAAACCGCGAAUAUGGCACGAGAGGGUCUAAGAACGUUAGUAAUCGGGCGGAAGAAAUUGAGUCCUAAAAGCUAUGAAAGUUUUAGGAAAGAAUAUGAAGAAGCUUCACUUUCGAUGAUAAACCGCGAGAAUUCGAUGCAGGCUGUAGUGUCAAAAAAUCUAGAACAUGAUGUUGAACUGCUUGGGUUGACUGGUGUUGAGGAUAAAUUGCAAAAAGACGUUAAGUCUUCUAUCGAACUUUUGAGAAAUGCCGGAAUAAAAAUUUGGAUGCUGACUGGUGAUAAGGUUGAGACGGCUCGAUGUGUCUCAAUUAGUGCCAAACUCAUUUCUCGUGGUCAGUAUGUUCAUACUGUGACGAAGCUCAACAAGCCCGAAGGCGCACUUAACAAUCUAGAAUUCCUCAAGAUUAAUAAAAACUCCUGUCUAAUUAUUGACGGUGAAUCGCUGGGCAUGUUUUUGGAAUAUUACAGGAGUGAAUUUUUUGAUAUCGUUAUCCAUCUACCUGCUGUUAUCGCAUGCCGUUGUACCCCCCAACAGAAAGCUGAUGUUGCUUUAUUUAUUCGAGAAACUACUGGUAAGCGUGUAUGUUGUAUUGGUGAUGGUGGCAAUGACGUUAGCAUGAUACAAAGUGCGGAUGUUGGUGUUGGUAUUGUUGGAAAAGAAGGUAAACAAGCUUCACUAGCAGCAGACUUCUCUAUUACACAAUUUUGUCAUUUGUCCAAGCUGUUAUUAUGGCACGGAAGAAAUUCUUACAAAAGAUCUGCGAAGCUAGCACAAUUUGUGAUACACAGAGGGCUGCUCAUUUCGGUCUGCCAGGCCGUUUAUUCGAUUAGUUCUCAGUUCGAGCCUAUUGCACUUUACCAAGGAUGGCUGAUGGUAGGAUAUGCAACCUGUUAUACGAUGGCUCCAGUUUUUUCGCUAACACUUGAUCAUGAUAUUGACGAAUCACUGACAAAGAUUUACCCCGAACUAUAUAAAGAGUUGACAGAGGGCAAAAGUCUCUCUUACAAAACCUUUUUCGUUUGGGUCGUAUUGUCACUCUUUCAAGGUUGUGUAAUUCAAGGAUUCUCACAGGGGUUUACGAGUCUUGAGGAAAUCGACUUUCAGCGCUUAGUAGCUUUGAGUUUCACAGCACUAAUCAUCAACGAGCUUAUUAUGGUAGCACUUGAGGUGUCGACUUGGAAUAAGAUAAUGGUUAUCGCAGAGAUCACAACGUUUUUGGUAUAUGUGAUCUCAGUUCCAUUUUUGGGAGAGUAUUUCGACCUACAUUACGUCGCCCAACCACUGUUUUUUGGCAAACUCACUUUUAUUUUAGCGUUGUCAAUUUUCCCAGUUUGGGCAGCGAAAGCAAUUCAUCGUAAGCUGAAUCCUCCAAGCUACGCAAAAGUUCAGCAGUUUUCCUUCUCAGUAUAA